AGGACUGUUAAAACUUUAAUGAUGAAAGCUUUAUUAACUAACCUCCAUCAUGUACAAACUAACUGACGAUUGGACACAAGAUGGCGUCAGUGACCGUGGAGCCUGUUCUCUUCCUCUACAUGAUGAGUAUGUUCAUCAUGUUCACAACAAACCAACUCUUCUUCAUCAAGAAGGUCUGCUCAACGAGCUACAGCGACACGGUGUGCGCCAAUCUGAGCUCCGACAAAGCCGCUGAGGAUGCAGUCCAGACAGGCGCCUCGCAUUGGAUUCUGUUCUUCAACAUCUGCACAAACAUUCCGGGCGCAUUUAUGUCCAUGUUUCUCGGAGCCACAAGCGACCGCGUUGGCCGCAAGAACAUCAUGAUCCUUCCCCCCAUAGGCACAGCCAUUUCUGCGUCAGUGUUUGCAUAUACUUCUUACUACAUAACCACUCCCCUAGGAUACAUUAUCAUUGCUGCCUUAGCUAUUGGAAUGACCGGCAGUAUAGGAGCAGCCUAUGUGACAAUCGUGAGCUAUAUGGCUGACAUAACUGACCACUCGUCUCGAACCAAACGCUUCGGCAUCCUAGAGGCCAUGGUUUUCAUCGGUGGGACUGUUGGACUCCUCUGCGCAGGCUCCUUGGGUGAUCUAGAACAUGGCUUCACCGCCAUCUACCUACUUGUACUACUCAUUCAAAUUGUGAUCAUUUUGUACAUCGUUUGUUGUUUGACCGAAUCGCUGAAAGUGGAACACAGACAUGGUUUAGAUGAGAAGGAUAAGCCGGUUGGGUCUGGGUGUCUACCAAGAUGGUGUUUGUGCUUCGGUCCCAUCCUCGAUAGUAUGCGCCGUUCUCUCACUGUUUUCUUCGCAAAAAGGCCAGGAAAGAAGAGAAAAUAUUUGAUAACUGUUCAAAUAAUCAACCUACUAAGCGUUAUUGGAAUGUCAGGUGAAAUGGACUUACUAGUUCUCUUCUCCAAGCACUCUCCCCUGAGCUGGGACGCCUUUACCAUCGGUUUCUUCAUGGCGCUAAAGAACAUUCUAAAAGGGGCCGUCCUGAUCGCGGUGUUACCAUUACUGUUUUGGUGUAUUGGGAAGGAGCGUGCGAUACACAAGGACCUUGUGUUGGCACAGAUCGGCGUGAUGUCCACCAUGCUCAGCUUUGUCAACGUGGCAUUCGCAAGGAACACCAGAGUCAUGAUGAUGGUUCCUCUUGUUGGAUGUCUUUCUGGCUUUACUGGUGCAGUCCUGAGUUCCUUCAAGGCGCAGUUGGUUGAACCAAAUGAAUUUGGUGCCAUGUUUGCCUGUACAUCAUUCCUGGAUAUAUUCUGCCAGAUGGCCGGGUCUCUUCUCUUCAACACACUGUAUCCAGCUACUCUUCACAUCUGGCCUGGGUUUUCCUUCCUUAUAAUGGCCGCUGUGUUUCUCAUAUCGCUUAUAAUCAUGUUUUGGCUGCAGUAUGACAUGAAGAAAUCAAUACGAUGGGGUAGAAAUGUUUUUGGGCAGAAGAAUGAGAAGAUGCUCCUUGACAAGGUUGAGUCGGAUUCAGAAGAUGAGAACACUCUCUACAUGACGCCGCUUCCAGAACAUCUUCAAGUCUCACUAAAUAACUUAUAAUGUGGCUUGGUAAAACAAAUGUCCGUAUGUAACACUCACUUUUUAUGAUUUUAGUGUGCAAUACGAUCAUCAAAUUAUGUUAUAAGGAUUAUAAUGUCAGCUGAAACAUCAGAAAUCUGUUUGUAUCACUUCGUACAAAAUGGAUCAAAUACAAAAUGAUGCUGCCAGGAGAGCUCAUAGUCUCACUAAAUAACUUAUAAUGUGGCUUGGUAAAUAAAAUGUCCGUAUUCAACAGUCACUUUUUAUGAUUUUAGUGUGCAAUAUGAUCAUCAAAUUAUAAGGAUUAUAAUGUCAGCUGAAACAUCAGAAAUUUGUUUGUAUCACUUCAUACAAAAUAGAUCAAAUACAAAAUGAUGCUGCCAGGAGAGCUCAAAGUCUCACAAAAUGGUUUAUAAUGUUGCUUGGUAAAACAAAUAUCCGUGUUCAACAGUCACUUUUUAUGAUUUUAGUGUGCAAUACGAUCAUCAAAUUAUAAGGAUUAUAAUGAAACUUCAGAAAUCUAUUUGUAUCUUAUCAUAGAAAAUAUAUCAUAUAUCGGAUAUUACCAAAAUCGAAGCUCGGUACUCAAUUGGCUACCAUAGUCGACUAAACAUUUUAAGCAAUAUGAAACAGGCAGCUGAAGUCAAUGAAUUGUUUACACCAGGCAUUUAACAUGAACUGCAUGUUUACUUAUAAUUUAGCCACUGUAAAACAUUCUCGCUAAUAAACAUGGAACUUACGGAAGUAAAAGCCAACAGUCUUGGAAACAUAGCUCCACAGAUAAUUGGUUGCAGAGGUGGGAUAAUGAUAAUACCUCAUGGCUGUACAGAUUGAAUUUGGAAUAAUGUGCCAACAAAAAAAUCGACCUAAUAUAAAGAUUUUAUACUAUGUUUUGUACGUUUUGAAAAUAAAAAUGUCAUCGCAGUUGGAGCCUGAAUUAAGACUUUUUUUUUUACAGAAAAUAUCUUUAAAAGAAAAUUGUGUUUACUCAAAUUUUCAGAAGGACCAGAGAAGGUAGGCAAAUAGUAACAUGAGUUUAAGAAAUGAGCUGGAAAAGGGUACAAUUGAAAAGGGAAUCACUUUAUCAAUCAAUGUUUUCAUGACAAGUUUAUUACGUUCGCAAAUCGAGAUAUACAUUACCGUUGAACUUAAAAUGUAACAAACAAAAUAAUAAUGUACGUUAAGCAAAAUGUACAAGUAUCUACACAACAUCAAUUAUGGAUAUGUCACAGAGACAAGAUAACGAGCAAAAGCUGCUUAGCACAUAAAAACUACCACAUGUGUUUAAUAAAGUCAAACAAAAUUCACAAUCAUCAUACAGAAUGAUUAUUUAAAUUAGAUAAACAAAAUCAUUGAAUUGCUUCAUUUUGAUUAUUGACUUUCACAAAGUUGUAUUUGGAGAUAACUCUUUAACCCUGAAUGGUGAAAAUUUUUACCAAUCUGUUUAAAAAGCAAGUUAUUUUUAAAGCACGGUCUAAACUUGCUUGUUGUAAAAGAAAGAAUUACAUGCCAAAAUAUUUUGACUUGAUGAUUAGAGACUGGUUCCCUCACUACCCGUGGUAAGGAUUUAGUGCUAUCAAUGUGACCAGACUUAAGUGUAGAAUCGAGUUGAUUAGAUUGUACGUGCAAGUCCACACCUUAGAGUCUAUUCCCUGACUUCAACUACUUCCCCUAAAACCAUUGAUUUUAAUGUAUUUUGUAACAUGACUUUAAUAUCUUACAAAAUGUGUCUUCCCACAAGGGAAACUGACUGGGUAAAUUUGUAAAUAAUUUGUGGCUGAACAAAGAACACCCGUCUGAGCAAGACUUGAAUCUGUGACCUCCAGAUUAGCGUACAUCUUUAUUCAGGAGCGCCAGUCAAAGAUAUUGGGGAGUUUUCGUUUUCGACGACGGAUGGUUCUGCCACGGUAAUGAUGACAUUUGGCGUCAUCUGCGCAUGCGUCAGC